ACAGAGGGACCACUACUAUAAACACUCCAGGAGUCCGAGGAGGGCACGGCACCGUGGCGCUCUUACUCGCGGACAAAUAGCACAAGUUCCCGGACUGUUUCUUCUGCCCUCGUGUUCUUUGAGAAUAACUCUGAAAACGGAGACAAACUUUUUUUUUUCUUUUUUCUUUUUUCUUUUUUCUGCCGAAGCAGCUUCUCCACCAGCUCAGGACGCGACUUCUUUUUUGUUGUUUUUGUUUUGUUCCAAGGGUUUUGCGCUCGUCUGAUCCCGGAGAUCUUUUUUUUUUUUUUUCCUGAGAUUUCCGUUUCACCGCACUGGAUUGUUGGCGUCAUGAGGAAUAUCUGUACUCGGUGAUUGUGUUCCCUGCGCCGUCGAGCAAAGACGUUUCUCCCGCGGCGAGCAGCGAACGGCAUGUAGCUCAGGACCAAGGCACCAGUUCUUCCUCCUCCAUCUCGUCGUCGUCCUCCUCCUCCUCCUCUCCGGGCAUCUUUGGGAAUGGGCCAGCGCCUUGCCUGGGUGCAUCUCUCCACCCGGUGGUGUGGCUGGCGUCGUGCGAGAGUGAGGAGGGCAGCGGUCAGGUCAUAGAGCCUGCCCACUCCUCUCUCCGCUUGCUCGCUCCCAAGUGACCUUUGACCCCUUGACCCGGCCGUGACUCGGCCGCGACCUCCGGGCUAGCCAUGCCCUUCCGGCUGAAGCUGCGGCGCACGCGGCGCUACAACGUCCUGAGCAAGAACUACUUUGUGACACGGAUCCGUCUGCUGGACAACAAUGUGAUUGAGUGCACUCUGUCAGUGGAGAGUACGGGACAGGAAUGUCUAGAGGCGGUGGCCCAGAGGCUGGAGCUUCGGGAGACCCAUUUCUUCGGGCUGUGGUUCCAGGGAAAGACGCAGGCCCCGGCCCAGCGCUGGGUGGAGCUCGAGAAACCCCUCAAGAAGCAGCUGGACAAGUUUGGCAAUGAGCCGCUGCUCUUCUUUGGCGUCAUGUUCUACGUGCCCAAUGUUUCCCGGCUGGAGCAAGAGGCCACAAGGUACCAGUAUUACCUACAGGUGAAGAAAGUGGUCUUGGAUGGACGUCUCCACUGCACAGUAGAGCAGGGGAUCCGACUAGCAGGCCUAGCAGUACAAGCUGACUUUGGCGACUUCACUCAGUUCAUGUCUCAGGACUUCCUCAGGGAGUACGUGCUCUUCCCAGUGAACUGGCCCAAUGGAGACGAGGUGCUGGAGGAGUGGACCCAGAAAGUUGCUGAGGAGCACAAGAGUCACUGUCGAAUGCAGGCCGCCCAAGCAGAGCUGCUGUACAUCAAGGAGGUGGAGAAACUGGACAGUUUUGGCCAGGAGAGCUUUGCUGCUAAGGACAACUACACCAACGAUAUUUUCAUCGGCGUGUCUUUCAUUGGGGUGUUUGUCAAACACAGAAACGGCAGAUCCAUCAUGCUCCACAAGUGGAAGGACAUUGGUACCGUAGCGCACAACAAGUCAGCCAUCACAGUGGAGAUAACAAGCAAAGACGACACCAUCAUCUUUCACAUGGAGGAUAUGGAAAUGGCCAAGUACAUCGCUCGUCUUUUCACGGCCAGACACAAAUUCUACAAACAGAACAAGAUCUGUGCAGAGCCGACCCACUCACCAGCACCGAUCAGGAGGAGACCCACCUGGACCCACCGCCUCUCUCCGUCGCGUCCCCAGUCCUGUAACUUCCAGUCAAUGCACUCCCAGUAUGGAGAGCAUUAUCAGGACACACAGAGCUCUCAAGACAGCAUUUUCCAUGACGACCCCUACUACAAGUCAGAGACCAGUCUGGACCGCUGCCUGGACUUUCCUUUCCGAAAUGGUACCGUGCCCAAUGGAAGCAUGUACAGCAGCCCCAGCCUGAGCUCCCUCAAUCAUUCCCAGACCUUUGUCCCGCCCUCGCCUAUCUCCUCCAACCUCAGCAUCCCCAGCAGUGAGCUCAUGCGGCCCGACUACAUCCCCAGCCACCGCCACAGCGCCAUCAUUGCUCCAUCCUACCGUCCCACGCCCGAGUACGAUGCUGUCAUGAGGCAGAAGCGGCGCAUGCUCCCUGCUCACCAUGAUCUCCACAGCCAAUCGCUGCGCAGUCUGAACAUCAGUAAUGCAUGUGCCUACCGCCAGCCUGAAGCUCUGGUGUAUAGCCAGCCAGAGAUGAGGGAGAGGGGCCCCUAUCAUGGCCUGGGGCCCAGCCCCGGACCUUACACGCCACAGAUCAGCUACAGUAAGCCGGUUUCGCAUGGCCCUCAUCAGGGAGGACCAGCCAGCAGCCAGGGCCCCUGUCACUCACCCUUUGUCAAUGGCGGCGGAGGCAGCGGCGGAGGUGGAGGUGUAGGAAGCUCCAUCUCUCACACUGUCAGCACACCUGAGUUGGCAAAUACUAAACAACAGGGGACCAGUGCGGGAAGCUAUGCAGCCACAGCCAACAUGCUGAGGAAUCACAUGUCGCGGCCUCCUCCACCUUACCCCUCCAGCUCCUUCCGCCCGGCCACCAGUACACCGGACCUGGCCAGCCACCGCCACCGCUGCAUCGGGGGCAGCAGUCCGGAGCUGGUUACCCGCAUGGUGCAGCUGUCGGUCAAGACCUUUCAGCCGGACAGCUCAGCCGUUGUGCACCAGUCCCUGCAGGAGGUCAGCGAACCAUUAACUGCAGCUGCUAAGCACCGCUCCACUCUGGGCAAGAGGCACAGUAUGGAGGUGAUCAGCAGCAUGAGAGGCGGAGGCGGAGGGAUGGAGGGCAUGGUGAUGAAAGGCAUGAAUGCUCCGCUUCAUCGGAGGAAUACUCUCAGAGAACAUGUGAUGCCGCCUCAGCCUCAGCCUCAAUCCAUUCCUCAGCCCCAGCCCCAAACCCCUCAGUCACAACCGCAGCCCCAGCCUCCACUUCAGCAGACAAAGGAGUUGCCCAAGCAGAUGCCUGCCCAGAAAGCACCCGAGGCCUCUGUAACUCCACCUCCAGCAGUGGCUUACCAGCAUCAAAAAACUCUUUCCAAUGCCACCAUGCUCAUACACAGUAGUGAGAGUGAAGAAGAGGAGGAGGAGGAAGAGGAGAGACCAGAGCUGGAUGUUCAAAUCCCAGGUUUCAACGAGGACAUCAGCAUCAGCGCUCAGCUCCAGGCUGCUCUGGCCAAGCUGCCCAACAAACCCCCUCCAGAGUAUCCGGGUCCUCCUAGACCUCCUAGUAAUGCUCAGAUCCGCAACCACGGCCACAAUCACAACCACACUCACCAACACAACCACAAUCAGGGACCACAGAGCAACCAGGGGCAGAUGGACCCAAACCAAGCCCAGGGCAGAGCGCUCAAAACUGGGCCGAGCCAGGGUGGUGGCGGGCCUGGAGGAGGUUGCGGUGCAGGUGCAGGCGGGACACUGACCCGAGGGGAUCAGGGUGGGGUGAAUGGAGCAGUUUUAGGUCCAUCCAUCUCCGAACCGGACCUGACCAGUGUGAAGGAGAGGGUCAGGAAGGAGCCAGUGAAAGAGAGGCCGGUGUCCGAGAUGUUCUCCCUGGAGGACAGCAUAGUGGAGAGGGAAAUCGCUCAAAGGACGCUGGAGAGACAGAAGAUGUCCGUGGACUCCAUGAAGAGGCCGCUGAUGAUGGCCACCCUCAACGGCCUCUACGUGACCCGGAUGCCCGUCCCCAAGAGUCCCCCAGAGGAAGGCGCCAAGGCUGCCACCGACGAACGGUGUAAGACCUUGGAGUUGAAGCUGGAAGAGGAGCGGGUCUUCACUGAGUACGAGCAUGUGCCCAAGAGGAGGGCAAACUGUGCCCUCACCACAGCAACUCUGCCCGAAAACACCGAGCGCAACCGCUUCCGUGACGUCGUUCCAUACGAGGAGAAUCGGGUCGAGCUUGUGCCCAACAAGGAGAACAACACAGGCUACAUUAAUGCCUCACAUAUCAAGGUGAUGAUCAGAGGGGAGGAGUGGCACUACAUUGCCACCCAGGGCCCGCUCGCCAACACCUGUGCCGACUUCUGGCAGAUGGUCUGGGAGCAAGGGGUCAACGUUAUCGCCAUGGUUACUGCAGAAGAGGAGGGCGGCCGGUCCAAGAGUCACCGUUACUGGCCUAAACUGGGCUCCAAACACAACUCGGCCACUCACGGCAAGUUCAAGGUGACCACCAAAUUCCGCACGGACUCGGGCUGCUAUGCCACCACGGGGUUAAAGGUCAAACACCUGCUGUCUGGCCAGGAGAGGACUGUCUGGCACCUGCAGUACACCGACUGGCCCGAGCAGGGCUGUCCGGAGUACGUCGUGGGAUUCCUCUCCUACCUAGAGGAGAUCCAAUCUGUACGGAGACACACUAACUCCAUGCUGGACACCUCAAAGAGCCUCAAUCCUCCUGUGGUGGUGCACUGUAGCGCCGGGGUGGGUCGCGCCGGUGUGGUCAUCCUCACCGAGCUCAUGAUCAGCUGCCUGGAGCACAACGAGCCAAUGGAGGUUCCCGCCAUGUUGUCGGAGCUGAGGCAGCAGAGGAUGCUGAUGGUGCAGACCAUCUCCCAGUACAAGUUUGUCUACCAGGUCCUCAUCCAGUUCCUCAAGAAUUCCCGCCUCAUCUGAGUGUGGGGCUCCUGAACUUUGACCUUAGGUUGUGUGGCAGAAUGGCAGCAGAUGGCGACGGCGGUACUUAAAUGUAAGCAUGAGGACUGAUACAGCUCAUAUGACUGAGAGCCUCCGUUUGGAAGCAGAUGCAGUGAGACACGACUCCAGUAUCAUCUUGAGUUUCCUGUGUGGCAGUUGGAAGUUGUGAAAAAACUCACCUCAUGGGAGGAAACGAUUUUUGUCGGCCCGUAUCCAAACUGAUGGCAAUCCCCACCGGUCAGUGUGUUCACAUUUCAUUCUUUCGUCCUCUGGGAUUUACUCUCGGACCUGCUCUUUCUGCGUGGAGCGUGCAUGUUUGUGCUGUUUCUCCGUGCAGGUCAGGUGAAUAAGCGGCUUAUCUCUCCUGCAGGCGUGACAGUGUUUGUCCAUCUAGGUGGCCUGUGUGCUCUUGAGAUUUUCUCGAGAAAUCAAUUCUCCGUCACAGUUUGGAAAGAUUGCCUGGCCAGCUACUUUUCACCUUCAUUAUUUUUGCCAUGAUCAGAAAUGGCAUGAUGCUGCGUGAACAGUAGGUGGCAGCAGUAUUAUUACUUAACUCUUAGUAUACUCUGAAACGGUUUGCCAAACAAAAUUAUCCUUUAAAUCACUGUUCUAAAAUGUUCCUUUAUUUUUAACAGAGUAUUGAUUAAUACAGCAAAUAUUUACUUCAACAUUGUAACUCAUUUUUUUUAUUUAUUUCUACAAACAUUGAUGUCACCUUUGCCAUUGAAUAGAGCAUCGACAAGCAUGUUGGAUCUUUUGACCUCGUCCUAAUUUUAACGUUUUUUGCGGAAAUCCUUCCUUUUGACUCCCAAAAGCGUUCUUCCUGUUUUCCUUCGGAGGUUUCCUUAAUUAAAACAUUUCUAUUAAGAUUCCACUUUCACAUGCAAACACACACGCGCGCGCAACGUUCAUUUCAACAAUUAUUUGUUUUCUUGAAUCACAGCUUCUUUCAGAUUAAUGUCUUGCCACAUUUGUUUUCACCUUAAAGCAUUUCUAAAUUGGAGAUAAUUUAUAAAUGUAACUUCGCCGUGUGUGUAUAUGCGGUCAACAGGGAACCGUGUCCUUGUAUACAGAAGAUACUGUUAUGCCUUAUUGAAACAUGAAAUGAGAACCUGCCCGUCUGAUCCUGGGAUUUGAAAACUAAAUUCCGUUUUUUUUUUACCUCCAAAGAUUAAAUUUUUAUAGUUUGUGUUUCAAACUUAAAACAUUUCAAAUCCUUUACCUAAUGCUCAGGUAAAGUUUUGGCAGUAGGAGAAUGCUGAUGUUUUCUAAGGACACAACCGUCUUUAGUGUGUACUAAUCUGAUCCAAACCCAGCAAAUUACUGUGUCUCAAUCCUGUUUAUAAAAUCACUUAGUGAAGAAUUUCUUACAUCAUACCUUUUCUUCCGAAAUGUAAUGCUACGCCAACUGUGUCCAAAAUAACUUUGUACAUAAUGGGCAUCUGAGAAAAAAAGAUUUCUACAAAUGUUUUAUAUAGUUUUUUUUUCUUUCGUUUUUUGACUUGGUACCCCAAAAAUACCGCAACAUAAUAAACUAUGCAUGCAUUUUUAUAUUUCAAUGUAUAUAUUCUCAGAUAAGUAUAAGCUCUCUCUCGAUAAGUGUUUUGUUGCACUUCAGUUCUCUUUAUGACAGUAUUUUUCUCACAAAGCAUUCCACUGUUUGUUAAUAUUUAAUUUUUCCCCUCAAUUCUCUUUUCUCUUUUGUUUUUUUUUUUGGCAAAACUCAUUUCAAAGUAUGUGUACAUAUUUUUUGUAUAUGUGUUUUCAGUGCAUCAAGACUUUUUGUUUUUCUCUCCCCAGACAUGUAUGAAGCUGUCAUACUUGCUUAUUAUGCAAUAAAGCCUUAUUUUCUUUAA